AUGGACAAUGCAACUCUUCCCAGCAAGUGUCCCGGUUACAAUUUGUACAUUGAUGGCUUUCAAGCCCUGCGACGUCCUCAUGUCCUUCAGAGCUCCAAUAUCACGCAUGUUGUGUCCGUGAUCGACUGGAAAUUCCCGCAAGGCAACGCUCCACUACGUGGGUUCCAGCAUCUACACAUCCCCCUGGAUGAUGUCUACGACUCUAAUAUCCUGGCAUAUUUCCCCCGGAGCAAUGCCUUCAUUCAUCAAGGUCUCAACUACUGGCCCAAGACUGCCGGUGACAACGCUCGUGAAAGUGGGGUACUGGUGCAUUGUGCCAUGGGCGUCUCUCGCUCCGCCACGAUAGUGAUAGCCUACCUCAUGUGGAUAUCUCGACAACCCAAAACCAUAUCACAACCUCAAACCACCUCAAAGUCUGCUUCGUCUUCAGAUUCCUCGACCCCAGAAAUGGUGUCACUUCCACCCACACCACUUACCGUCGACACGGCGCUCGCCCUGCUCCGCGAGGCCAGACCACAAGUCGAGCCCAACUCGGGCUUCAUCAAGCAAUUACGCAUGUACGAAGCCAUGGACUGCCCAACGACCCAAGAACAGCUGGAGUCCCACAAGAUCUACCGCAGAUGGAUGAACUCACGUAAUGUCAUGGACGCACUAAGCUCGAACCGCGCCCCCGAGAUGGCAGACAUCACGUUCCGCGACGAAGAGGACGACAGUGAGGACGACAAUGACAACAAGCUCACCAAAAACCUGAACAACCUAGAUCUAUCCAGCCCUGACCCCGAGAUCAUUAACCCCGACAUCUCUGUAUCAUCGCCACCCGAAAACACGCCCUUACCACCACCCGAAGUCGAGCUGAAAUGCCGCAAAUGCCGGCGUCUGAUCGCCAAGUCGAACUUCAUCAUCCCGCACAAACCACCGCCGCACCGCGACCCGUCGGCAGAUACCUCGACGGAGCCUUGCGGCCAUAUCUUCCUGCACCCGCUUUCAUGGAUGAAAGAUACACUGGCUCAAGGCGGAUUGGACGGCCGUCUGACGUGUCCCAACCCCAAGUGCGGCGCCAACAUUGGCAAGUUCGCCUGGCAAGGGUUACGCUGCAGUUGUGGUGGCUGGGUCACCCCGGGUUUUGGUAUCGUCAGGGGCAAGGUUGACCAAGUGCGCAGCGCCCAAUCCAGGGCAAGGGGGAUUGUCACUACCAACGACAGCGGCGGCGCUGCAGCAGCUGGCGGGAACCUGAGCAACGCAGUCAGACUCCCGCCCAGCAUGAGGCGGACCACGAGUAACAACAAUGGGAAUCUUUAA